GCUCCCUGCUUCUCAAGGAAGCGGCUCCAGAGGGGGCCCCGCCCCGCCCAAGUUCACUACCCGACCCGCCGCGCCGCAGUCUAGAAGUCUCCGCCGGCCGUCCGCGCUCCGCUCUCCCCACCCGCAACCCAUGGCUGUCGUCGAAGAAGACGCGGCGCCGUCUGCAGAUCCCGCCGCCGGUUCCAGUGAUAACGAGAUCACAGUGGAAGAGGCUUCUUUCGUGCAUUCUGAACCUCCCCAGGAUGGCAGCGCCCCACCCGUGGUUUCCUCUGACAUGGAGGUGCUUCAUGACAAGGUUAAGAAGCAAGUCAUCAAAGAAGGCCAUGGCAGGAAGCCGCUCAAGUUCGCGACGUGCUUUGUGCACUAUAGAGCAUGGGCUCAAGGAUCGUCGCAUAAAUUUGAGGAUACCUGGCAAGAGCAGCAUCCAAUCGAACUGGUACUUGGAAAAGAGAAAAAACAAAUGUCUGGUUUAGGCAUUGGUGUUAGCAGUAUGAAAAGCGGGGAGCGGGCACUGUUGCAUGUUGGUUGGGAGCUAGGCUAUGGCAAAGAAGGAAGCUUUUCAUUCCCAAAUGUCCCUCCAAUGGCAGACCUGGUUUAUGAAGUUGAACUUAUUGGAUUUGAUGAUGUUAAAGAGGGUAAAGCCCGAAGUGACAUGACAGUUGAAGAGAGGAUUGCAGCUGCAGACAGGAGGAAGAUUGAGGGCAAUGGAUAUUUUAAAGAACAGAAGCUUGAGGAAGCCAUGCAACAAUAUGAAAUGGCGAUUGCAUACAUGGGAGAUGAUUUCAUGUUUCAAUUAUUUGGAAAGUACAGAGACAUGGCCUUGGCUGUGAAAAAUCCAUGCCAUCUCAAUAUAGCUGCAUGUCUGAUCAAACUGAAGAGAUUCGAUGAAGCUAUUGCGCAGUGCAGCAUUGUUUUGUCAGAAGAUGAAAGUAAUGUGAAAGCACUGUUCAGGCGAGGAAAAGCUAAAUCUGAACUUGGCCAGACAGAAUCAGCGAGGGAAGAUUUCCUGAAAGCGAAGAAGUACUCCCCAGAAGACAAGGAGAUCCUUCGAGAGCUUCGUUUGCUCGCAGAACAAGACAAGGCUCUGUACCAGAAGCAGAAGGAGCUCUACAAAGGUCUCUUUGGGCCAAGACCUGAAGUGAAACCAAAGAAGGCAAACUACCUGGUUGUUUUCUGGCAGUGGCUGGUGUCAUUUUUUCUUUAUCUGUUUAGGAUGUUCAAACGAAAGAAAGAGUAGGAUGCUUUACCAGAAAAUUGUGUAGAACUGGUGGUCAAGAUGACCAAACUUGUACUAUAAGAUUGAAUUUUCUGUAGAGCUGUCGAUUGAUCGGGAUAAAUAGUUGUUAUGAACUCUCCACGAUGUUGUGUACUGGCCACCUUGGAGCCAUACUUCAUGCGUUCUUUAAUCUGAAGUUCAAAGGCCUUGUGUA